AUGAACAUCAGCCUGUGCAACUGGGAUGCCAUGGCAGCAACCGCCUCCACUGUAUAUGCUCAUCUUGGAGAAACCGCCACAUUGUCAUGGGACCUCCCCCAGCCAGCUGGACUGGAGACGUUCAUGGUCAACAAUACAUAUUGGAAUCAGGAGGUAUUUCGCGUCACCAACUACAGCACAGUAACCGUGAUGAACAGACAACCUAUAGUGAAAAUGGAAUUUGUGGGCGCCAUUACUGCGUCUGGAACUGGUCUGUUCAGCUUCAUGCUGCAUGAUGUGAUCUGGUCUGAUGCAGGACACUACAGAUGUUACAGAACCCCAUCAAACUCUACAGCUGCUGAGGUUCCUGGCUGUGGUCAGACGCUUGUCGUAUUUGAUUUCCAACAGCCGUACAUCUCAGCACCAGACACACCUCACAUGGACAGGAGUGUUGACUUGUCCUGCUACAGUUUCACUCAUGGUUAUCCUGAUGAUAGUGUAAACGUGGCCAUUAUCUGGAGGAGGAAUGGUUUCCUUGUAGAUGACAACUCCAAAUACAACAUAACACAGGAGAGUCGUGCAUGGGGCUGGUGGAGAAGAUACCACAGAAGUAUCCUCACUGUCAGUGACGUCAGGGCAGCAAAGGGAGAUAACUUCCAGUGUCAGGCUGUAGCAGGACAGAGGACAGUGUCACAGUGGAGUGAAGAGUAUGCACUGGUUGAACAAUUUGCCACCAGAAAGAGGAAAACGGACUUGGCCAGUAAUAGUUUGUUAUUCAGUGAUAACUAA